CGGGAGCUGGGCCUUCUGGGAAAUGAAGUCUUGUUUUUCAAAGCGCUUGCCGCUCAGGUGGAACCGGGGCCUUGGAGCCUCUGGAGCUACAAGAACCUAGAUGUGGAGCAGGAAUUUGAGGAUGUGAUCUUUGUGAUGCGGCGCAGGCCUUUGAGAAUGUAUAAGUGAAAAGUGUACUAAAACGCCCGCGAUCGUCACGCGUUCGUCUGCUGCGACAGUCCACCUCGGGUGGGCCAUUUGUUCCCGACCCUAGCAGGCGAACCCCAGGACUAGUCGGUGCCGGAAUGGGGGGGCGCUCCGAAGCCAGUCUGCUCGACGUGGGGGCAAACUGAAGAGUGUUGAGUAGGGUGUUUAAAAUUCAAAGGUCAGAGGUCAGUGUAGAAAAGAGUGUGGGGUCCAAAGUUGGAGGGGUGCUAACUCAGGUAGAGACUGAAUACUAAAGGGAUAGAUUUGUGGGUGAGGGGUUUGGAGAGAGAAGCAGCAGCAAGCUAAGUGCUGAGCGUGGAGCUCUGGGGAGUGGGGAACUUGAGAAGAGAGAAGGGAAAAGAAAUCCCUUGAAUAUCCAUUCCCAGACUUCAGGCCUAGAAGAGAGAAGGGGAAAGAAGUCCCCUGAAUAUCCAUUCCCAGACUUCAGCUAGUUGCAACCCUAGCUUCUCAGGGUAUCAAAAAUGGCUUCACCCUCCAGACAACCCCGCCUCGGGGGAUCAGGACUACUUCACGGGAGCCGGGCUCGUUCUUACGGAAGCCUGGUUCAAUCGGCCUGCUCCCCAGUAAGGGAAAGACGCCUGGAGCAUCAUUUGGAGCCUGGAGACACCCUGGCUGGACUAGCACUCAAAUACGGGGUGACGAUGGAACAGAUUAAGCGUGCAAACCGCCUUUAUACUAAUGACUCCAUCUUCUUGAAGAAGACCCUCUACAUCCCCGUCCUGACAGAGCCCAGAGACUUGUUCAAUGUUUUGGAUUCUGAGGAAGAGAAAAACAGAGAGAAAGAGAUACACCCAAGUAAGAAUGAAGUUUUGCCACACUCAGCCGAGAGGAAGAAACAAGAGACAGGUUUAGGACGUGCCAAUGGCGAAGUCCUCUCUGCACCUGGCCAAGAAUCCCCCACACCCAUCCACGACCUCUCUGCCUCUGACUUCCUUAAGAAGCUUGAUUCACAGAUCAGCCUGUCAAAGAAGGCUGCUGCUCAGAAGCUGAAAAAGGGAGAAAGUGGGGUACCUGAGGAGGAUGCAGGACCCCACCUGAGCUCCCCUCGGACACAGCAACGAGCAGUUCUGGGUCCUGUACCGUUGACCCGUACCUCUCGAACCCAGACACUACGGGACCAGGAGGAUGAAAUCUUCAAACUCUGAUGUCCCCAGAACUGAUUGAGAGAAGUAAGAUGUUGAAAGAACAACUUGAGGAGGAGGAGCCUGAGGUUAGGCUCAAGAGCAUGGCUUCCCAGGCCACCUUUUUCCACUCUAGCCAUCUUCCCCAGCCUCCUUCUCUGCCGAGAGUUCCUUGACCUGGGGUAGUUUUAUUGGUAAGAGUAGGGGAUGUGGAUUGGACUCCUUUCCAAUUCUUGGGCUGAACCUAGAGCUGUCCUUUAGAUGUAAAAGACUCUUUUUUCAUACAUGCUGCCUUUCCUAUCCCUCUCACCAUUCCCUGGCCUUAAAGCAGGGAAGCAGAGACUCUCUUCAACUUCCUCCUCAUCUCCAACUAUGUUAUCUAAUUUAUUUGGUGCUAUAUUGAACUAAUAUUUAUUCACUGUAUCCUAUUCCUUCUCACUCUUAGCUGAAAAAUGGGAUUUCGAUAGCCCUGGAAUGCGGGAGCCCAGGAAGAGUGAGCAAGUACCUGCUGGUCCUCACCUUCCCCAUCCUUAGCCAAGGAUGUUAUUGAGGAUGGGGCAACCAGUGAUCUACUCCCAUCACAGAAAAUGGCAGAUGGUGCCAGGCCUUUUCCUCAGUCAUAAAGUAAAGGAUUCAAGUUCAGUCUUGACUAACUCCCUGUGACUUUCCCACAACUCUAGCUCUGAGAAAAGUAGCACUGUAGGGAUCUGAACUCUCCAUUCCAACAGUUCACCCUUCUAACCUGUUCCUCUGCUCAGCUUAUGAGGGGCUAAGGGAUGGAAGGAUUUCCUUGGAGCUUGAAGAGGACAGUUGAGGGGAUCUCUUUGUUAUACCCUCUUUCCACCAGAGCCUGCCUGCCAAUGCCUUGCCCCUCACUGUGUAUUUAUUUGCACUUUGUAGCACUGGUCUGUGGUACAGUUAUAUUUUUUGUUUGUUUCUUAAACAGAAGUAGGCAAGGGAACC